AUGUAUUCACCAAAACGUGACUGUGGUACAAAAUAUAAUCUUUAUUUACUUUAUCCAAAUCAGCCUAAGAAUUCCUUUGCCAAUUAUUCAAGACAUAUUGAUAUAUUUGAUAAAAUAACAUUAACAUAUUUGGAAAGUUGGUAUUUAUCUAUUCCAUUUCAAUUUCUACCGGUUAAUCGAAUUGCUACUCAACUAUUUAUUCAAACUACAACAAUGAUUUCACCAUUAUGUCCUUUAUUUUGUGGUGAACAUGGUCGAUAUUCUGGUUCGCACUGUACUAUUAAAGAUAAUUGUUCAUGUUCAUCUGAUUCAUAUUGUCUUACAUCAUCUAUUUGUGUUUGUCCAAUGAAUAAAUUUGGUUCAAAAUGUUAUUUAAAAAGUUUAAUAUGUCAAACAUCAAAUCCUUGUCAAAACAAUGGACUUUGUAUAUCUGUUGAUGAUAGUAUCGCUUUGAAUAAUUUUGCAUGUCUAUGUACAGAAAGUUUCUAUGGAACAAGAUGUGAGAAUAUCAAAAAUCGAAUUGAUAUUACAUUUAAUGAUGAGAAGAUUGGUAUGAUGCCAUUUUUAUUUGUAAAUUUUAUUACUGCAUUUGAAAAUGACAAUCAUCAGCGAAAUACAAUUUUGAAAAAGAUCAAAUUUGAACAAAAUAUAAUUAGUCUUCAGAACAAAUCCAUUCAAUAUUCUUCUUAUUGA